CAUGUUUUUGGAUACAGUGCAACACUUUAGGAAGUGGAGGUCUUCUGGCUGCAGAACUUUGGCAUCAGGCCAUGAUAAGGUUACCUGUGAAUGCCACUUUGAUUACUUUUCAGCAUUUCUGAUAUAUUGGAAUUCUUUUCAGGCUGCUGCAGAUUUAGAAGACACUGCUGUACCAACGUCUGUGACAUUCAUUUCUCUCACUGGCACUAUUAUUUCUGGAGUUUUCAUAGCAAUUGUUAUUGUUAUGCAUACUUCACACAGGAAGGACAAGACGGACCACUCCAUUGUAAUUCACAACCAACUGUUUUGUGCUUUGUUCUUGCUGGACGUGUCAUUUUUACUGAAUGAGUGGCUGACCACAUUUAGAAACGACAUACUUUGCAAGACAGCUGCUCUCACCACUCACUAUGCAAUAUUGUGCUGCUUGAGCUGGAUGUUGAUGGAGGCCAUUCACCUCUACCUGGUGAAUGGUAAAGUCUUCAGUAACUACAUCAGGCAUUACAUCCUCCGAUUGUGCAUGAUCAGCUGGGGAGUUCCAUUGAUUGUGGUCAUUAUAAUUGCUAGCCUUGACAAAUAUGGCACAUUUCCUAAUAUAUUUCAGGACAAGAAAAGGACAUCUUUUAUAUGCUGGAUAAAGGAUCCUGUAGUGCAUUAUGUCACCGUUUUUGGUUAUUUUGGUGUUAUCUUCAUAUUUAAUGUCAUAAUAUUGGUGGCUGUAAGCAAAAAUAUCAUACAGAUGAAGAGACAUCAAAUUCAUGAUAGACAGACUGCUUCCAGAAAUGCAUGUGCAGUGCUGAGUCUGAUCUGCUUAGUGGGACUGACAUGGGGAGUGCUGUUCUUUUUCUUUGGAACAGUACACGUGGCCGUGCAUUAUAUAUUCAGUAUACUAAAUGCAUUACAAGGGUUCUUCAUUUUCGUCUGGUAUUGCAGCACAAAGAAAUCCGUACUGAAAUCCUGGAUUUCAAGAUCAAGGCAGAAAAUUAAUAGAAAUGAAAAUGUCAUACCUGAUGCUACAUAAGAAAUGAAUGACCCUUUCCACUCUACAGGAAGAAAGCUGGUUUUGACAUCACUGUAUUCCGAUGGUGAAUUUUAUAGAUGCCAAAGUUUAUCAUAUACAUGUUAAAAUAUUGCAAAACCAUUAUUAAUUUGUCUUGUUUGUUUACCCAAAAUAUUCUCUAUACAAGAAAUACAUUUGUAUCCAGUGUAUGAUUUUAAUUGCAUCAGUCACAGUAUCUAUUUGAUAUCUGGAUAUCUGUUUUCUUUCAUUCCUGUCUGUCUGUAAUAAUUAAAAGUUAAGUAUUUUAAAGUAUGAUGUGAUUAUAGCAUAGAAAAUUAAUUCCUCCAAAAUGUUUGUGGCGGCUAGAUGAAGCCUUAGCUGCAAUCCAGAUGACUUGAGUUUGAUUAGUGAGCCAGGCACUGGAAAAGUCAGGUUAAGAGGGUGAGAAUAAAGACCAUAUGACUUUGAGAUGUUUUUUUUUUUUUUUUUUUUUUUUUAUUGUAUUUUGGAGGGGAUUUAGGGAUUUAUGUAUGUUGUGGAGGUGGCUUGGAUUCACUUGCGAACAUUUUUGUGCCAAUUGUAACUGAUGGACUGUUCAUUUUCAAGCCCGUAUCAUGAAAACCAGCUUGAAAUAACUUAG